AGAAAAUGGAGUGAAGAUGGCAGGUCAGCCCUAAUCUGAUUAAUGAAAAAGCCGUUGCGAUGAUCGGUACUUGCAGCGAUUAGGGUUUCGACCUGCAGCGACACACGUCAUUCAUGCCAAUUGUAGGAGAUGGGUGUUUGGCCAGAGUAGGUGGGUUUAUUUUCUGCAGGUUGUAGGUGAGACUGCAACCAGGGCUCCACUUGAACACAUCCAGCUUCUUCGCAGAUUCCCAAUCGGGUCGUGUUAGAAUCGAACUUCCAUCUAACGACGGUUUCGUGUUUCAUUCUCGUCGCCGUCCAGCUUCCAGAUCCAGCAUGCGCAAACCGUUUGGUAUCUGAUAUUGAUGCGAAUUGACGUCGCUUGAGGCGAUCGCAGGGUCUUGGUACCGUUCCUGAUCCACGUUCGGAUUACUCAGGCAGUCCCAGGUGGUGGUCCAGACUCGAGUCGUCUUGUUCAGCCGGCGGAGGUUGGUAACAUUGGUAACAUUGGUAACCUUUCCUGCGAUACUGAGAGCAGCAUGUCGGACCAUCUUUGAGACCUGCCAUGUUGUGCGAUGGAUUGCCUUAGUUGGGUCGUUGCCAGUGUCUGGAUGCCGCAGCGGGGUGAAAGCUUGGAAGGCGAUCACUCAAUCUGACUUGGUGACAAUUCCACUACCAACUCGAGGUACCACCUUGGCCAAUCAAGAGCUGGACGGGGGUGGUGCUGAGGAGAGCGGUCUUUGGCGAUUGCGUGCUCAGCAAGGCUGCGCAGCCGUGGGCGAAGAAAAACAAUCGAAGGCCCCGACCAACUUUUGGAUACUUUAACUCGACUCGUUCCCUUCAAAAUUCUUUGUUUUCAAUACAAUUAUCUUCAUCCUGCCUUCGACAUCUCUACAAUACAAUCCAACUCUUCCACUCCAAAACUCCAUCACCACAUCAAUUCAAAAACCAUCAUCAUGGCCAACCCACCACAUGGAGGACAGCUGAAGUACGUCCCUCCAACCCCACUACUUGCUCGUGCCGUCAUAACUGACCCUCCACGUCUACAGAGAUCUCAUUGCCAGAGAUUUACCACGACACGCUGAACUUUUUGCGGAAGCCGAAACUCUUCCUGCCAUUGUUCUCUCGGAAAGACAACUAUGCGAUCUCGAACUGAUUCUGAGCGGUGGUUUCUCUCCACUUGAGGGUAUGUCGAAAGUCCUGGUGUUGGGUGUUGGCGGGGUCAAAAUGCCCCACUACUUCGUUCGGAACAUUAUUCACAACGGAAACAAAAGCUAAUUGGAUCAACCACAGGUUUCAUGAACGAGAAGGACUUCCAUGGGUAUGUCUUUUAUGUCGAAGAAAUGCAAUGAAACUUUUCUAACUCCUCCUAGCGUGGUCACCGAAAACAGAUUGACCGAUGGAAACCUUUUCAGUAUGCCAAUUACCCUCGACAUCUCCAAGGAACAAGUUGAAGAAUUGGGCGUGAAGGCUGGUGCAAGAAUUGCUCUUCGUGAUUUCCGUGACGACCGAAACCUGGCCAUCAUCACCGUCGACGAUGUAUAUGUUCCAGACAAGUAAGAUAACGACUUUUCGCAUAUAUCAGAACGCAUCUAAUAAGUCACAGGAAACUCGAGGCCAAGGAAGUCUUCGGAGGAGAUGAGGAUCACCCAGCAGUCAAGUACCUCUUUGAGACCGCACAAGAGUUCUAUGUUGGAGGAAAGCUUGAUGCCAUUGACCGUCUUGAGCAUUACGAUUAUGUCGCUCUUAGAUGUAACCACUCCCAAAUUUCACUUCUAAAGAAUUUUACUAAUACCACGCAGUUACUCCUGCAGAAAUGAGAUCACACUUCGAUAAACUCGGCUGGCAAAAAGUUGUCGCUUUCCAGACCAGAAACCCAAUGCACAGAGCUCACAGAGAGUUGACAGUCCGCGCCGCCCGAGCACGUCAAGCCAACGUUCUCAUCCACCCAGUUGUUGGCCUGACCAAACCUGGAGAUAUCGAUCACUUCACCCGUGUCCGUGUAUACCAAGCCCUCCUUCCAAGAUAUCCAAAUGGAAUGGCUGUUCUUGGCUUGUUGCCAUUGGCUAUGCGCAUGGGUGGUCCACGGGAAGCCAUCUGGCACGCAAUUAUCCGAAAGAACUUUGGAGCAACUCACUUCAUUGUUGGUAGAGAUCAUGCCGGUCCAGGAAAGAACAGCAAGGGCGAAGAAUUCUACGGCCCAUACGACGCUCAGUACGCCGUCGAGAAGUACAGAGACGAGCUUGGCAUCGAGGUGGUUCCUUUCCAGAUGAUGACCUAUCUCCCAGAUAGCGACGAGUACAAGCCAAAGGAUGAGGUUGCCCCUGGCAUUCGAACACUCGAUAUUUCCGGUACUGAACUCAGAAGUCGUCUUCGAAGUGGUCGUGAGAUUCCAGAAUGGUUCUCAUACCCCGAGGUUGUUAGAGUUUUGAGAGAGUCCCACCCCCCACGUUCCGCACAAGGGUUCACGGUAUUCCUUACCGGAUACCAGAACAGUGGAAAGGAUGCAAUUGCCCGCGCUCUUCACGUCACACUCAACCAACAGGGUGGUCGAUCAGUCUCACUUCUUCUUGGCGAGACGGUCCGCGCCAAUCUUUCUUCCGAGCUUGGCUUCAGCCGUACAGACCGAACCGUCAACAUUGGACGCAUCGCCUUUGUUGCAUCUGAGCUAACCCGAUCUGGAGCUGCCGUCAUCGCUGCACCGAUUGCACCUUUCGAAGACGCUCGUCUCCAAGCUAAAGAUUUGGUCGAGAAAUAUGGAAGUUUCUACCUCGUCCACGUUGCCACCAGUCUCGAGCACUCUGAGAAGACCGACAAGCGUGGUGUCUACGCCAAGGCUCGCAACGGAGAAAUCAAGGGCUUCACGGGUGUUGAUGAUCCAUAUGAGGCUCCAACCAAGGCCAACCUCACGGUUGACAUCGAGAAGACUAGCGUCCGAAGCGCCGUCCACCAGAUUGUUUUGAUGCUUGAGAGCGAGGGGUUGUUGGAUCGCUUGUAAGCGAGUCUAAGUCUAAAGAGGGGCGAGCGGGCGCAGAUUGAUACAAGGGGGCGUUUGUUUGCAUUUUAUUUGUCCCGGGCGGUUCUUCUCGCGAGCACGCAAAGCGAAAUAAAUGCCUACAAUAGACCAAAAGCAGUUUGGUAUUGUGGAUGAUGGGAUUUGAAAUUUGGACUGGACUGUGGGAUUGGUGUGUCUGCUUGUAUAGGACACUGUUUUCGAGGCCUCGAUGGUUUCUAGCUCUUUUUGUUUUUGCCGUUUAUUUUUUUGUGCCUUUUUAAUGAGAGAUGACAAACAGAGAGAGAGAGAGACAGAUUAUGAGAUACAUAUGCAGAAAUAGAUUAUUUUUAUUGAAUA